AAGUACUUCCUGGUGUGUGAAGGAGCGUGUGAAGUGUAGUUUUUUUCACAGCGAGCGGAGCAGACGUUGAAGGUUAAAACCGUGGAAGUACCUGUCUGAGCAGACGGUGUAGACGUCCGUCUUCCUCACAAAGUUACACGGUCUUCUGUCCGAAGAGGACUUCACUUCAUUUCGACCGUUACAGUGGGAUGCAGACGGUUGGUAAACUCAUGAAGGUUUUCGUGACGAGGCGCAUCCCGCAGGAGGGGAUGAAGAUCCUGUCAACGGCCGGAGUCUGUGAGGUGUCUCUGUGGGACUCGGAUGAACCUGUGUCGAGGGCAGAGCUUCUCAAAGGUGUGCAGGGGGCUCACGGUCUUCUGUGUCUGCUGUCAGACAAGAUCGAUGCUGAGGUUCUGGAUGCUGCAGGGCCAAACCUAAAAGUAAUCAGCACCCUGUCUGUGGGAUUUGACCACUUGGCUCUUGACGAAAUCAAAAAACGUGGUAUACGUGUUGGAUACACUCCAGACGUCCUCACUGACGCCACAGCAGAACUGACUGUAGCUCUGCUGCUGGCCGCCGCUCGCAGAUUACCAGAGGGAGUGGAGGAGGUCAAAAAUGGAGGCUGGAGCUCGUGGAAGCCUCUCUGGCUGUGUGGUUAUGGUCUGUCUGGCAGCACGGUAGGAAUCAUUGGACUGGGACGCAUUGGCAUGGCCAUUGCUCGGAGACUCAUGCCCUUUGGAGUGAAGAGGCUGCUUUACUCUGGGAGAACAGCCAAGGCCCACGCUGCUGAGGUGAAUGGAGAGUUUGUUCCCCAGGACACACUCGUGUCUGAGAGCGACUUCAUAGUUGUUUCCUGCUCCCUGACACCAGAAACCCAGGGGCUGUGCGAUAAGGCUUUCUUCAGCAAGAUGAAAAACACAGCAGUCUUUGUCAACUCAAGCAGGGGAGCUGUGGUGAACCAGGAGGAUCUGUACGAGGCUUUGACCAGUGGACAGAUAGCUGCAGCUGGACUGGAUGUCACAACACCUGAGCCGCUCCCAACAAACCACCCCCUUCUUACACUUAAAAACUGUGUGGUGUUGCCACACAUCGGCAGUGCCACCUACUCCACAAGAGGCGUCAUGGCAGCUUUGUCAGCUCAAAACCUGCUGGGAGGUUUACAGGGCACAGACAUGCCCAGUGAGCUCACCUUCUAGCGCCUGAAACUGAGCCGCUGUGUCUGCUGCCUCGUCUGGUGCUGCAUGGGUAACAGAUAACAAUAAUGUGCUGUAAUGGUCUCCAAUGUGAGAUCAAAGUGGAGAAGGAAUGAAAAGAAUACUAAAAAUACUAAUGUAGAUCAUGCUCAGAUACAUGUUUAAGUCAUGUAAGUGUCAUUUGAUCCUGUCACAGUUACUAACUAAAUGCACUUUUAACAUACAGCGUGCAUUUUUAAGGAAGUAAAUGCUCAGUGCAAGGUUUUGACAUUUCAGACAUGUAUUCAGGUUCUUGAGAAAAAGCUAAUGAACAAACUAGCAGCACUCCUUAACCUUAGUCCUUAUCAAAACACACUAUACACGCUUUGUCUUAUGUGGAAAAUUGCAGUUGAACUGCAAAAACCUUUUCUCAUUUGAUUCAAAAUGUUUCCUUCAAAACAGAAUCGUUGGUUAUCUCUUAUUCUAAAUAAUGCUUGCCAUAAAGAUUAGCAUUAUGCUUCUGGGUCUGCACUUUAUUCUGAUGUUAAUGCGCCACGUCUACUUUUACAACAGAUUUUCUGAAGAAUAAAAACUGAUGGCUUAGUUUAAAUGUAAUGCUCUGUGUGUGUGUUUUAGAAAUUCCUCAUUCAGAAUAGAUUUAAGGUCAAUAAAAACGACUUAAGUGCA